AUGAAUUCCUUGUUUGAAGAGAGAACUCGGAAGGUGAUCCCCAGGAUGAGGGGGCACAAUAACUGUGUGGAGUGGCAGGAAACCCUCAAAUCUUGGACGGACGACGAUAUCGUCAAAGAGAUGAUGAAAUGGACCAUGCCGGCAGUGAAGGUAUUAAUGAACAGGGAAGAGCCCCCGACCUUCAAAGACUUGAUCGACAUCCCAUGGGUGUCAACUAGACAGCUUGGAGUUUAUUUAAAGCUCAUCUUCGAGAGACUCGAGAACCCUACGGCAUUCGACCACUUCGUUUACACCGGGAGUGCCAUUGGGUGGAAUGCUGGUGGGCUUACCCACCACCGCCGGGGGCAUGAGAGCAAGCCAGGGCCAAGAACAAAGUGGUCAUACACCCACAAGCUAGUCUUUGGGGGAAAAGGGCACCAGUAG